AUGGACGAGCCGACCACUGAGAUGGUUUCUUGUGAGAGGCCGCAAGGUGCUAGCCCGGAGCUGCUGAACUAUAUGGAUGACUGUCUGGCCAUGUUUGGUUUAACCGUAAUUCUAUUGCCUAGUGUGCUUGGUGAGCUGUGUUCGGCUAUGGUUGAGUAUGUGAGGUUGAUUCUGCUGGAUGCUGACUUGCAUUUGAAGGAUCCCAAGACCAUUACCUUUGAGAAUAAAAAUUUUACGGUUAAUGGUGUUUAUUAUCACUCUCCGUAUGUUAUUGGUUGGCCACCUGAACGUCUUCGUGCUGUGAAGGAUGUGAUUUUAUCGGCACCGGUGUCCUAUCGUCAGGCCUUGGAGUUUCUUGGUAUUCUUCAUGUUGUGGCAUGUUGGCUACUCCCACCAUGGAUUAUACUUCGCAAAAACUGUUUGCAGAGCUUGUUACAACAGAGACUGCAUGAAGAUAAUGCGGAGUGGGAUGAUGCUAUUGACGACGAUUGCUAUCCCCUAUUGGAUGAGUUCAUGAGUUCACUCCAAUUACCGCAGUUGGCGCAAUAUAAUGUGUUUCGUCGAAUUAUUUGUUGGGCUCCACUGCACAUCUAUUGUGAUGCUUCUUCGUAUGCAUAUGGUUAUGUGGUUGGGCAAUAUUAUGAGGAGAUUUCGGCUAAUCUGAAUGAGCGGCAAAAGGAAAAAUUGAGUGCUGAAUUGGCUACUAUUCAUGGUGAUCUUGCCCCGCGUCAAGAUGAUACAGGGCGAUUAUUCAUUCCACUAUGGUUUCGCCAAGCCCUGUUUUCCCGUGUUGGCCAGCUCACUGCUCAUAUCAACACCAAAGAAGUCUUGGCUGCGACUUCUGCUAUUGUUGGUGUGAUAUGGACUGUUGGUAACGUACAUCAAGCUCGCUUGGAGAUCUACACCGACAAAGCCACUUGUCUGAAGGUUUUGCGUAUGUGGAAACCAGCUCCACCAGGUGAUAGUGUUGUUGAUGUUGCGCAGUCUAUCAUGCAAGAAAGGCUUCUUCAAGCAGUAUCUUCAUGUGUGCCCGAGCAACAUUUGCGAGCUCUCCGGGUUCAUUUCGUCCCCGGGACCAGUAACCCCGCGGAUAGCUUAACCCGUGACGCAUUCUCAGAAAAAAUUAUCAUGUUGAUGCCUCCAAAAAAGUCUAUUCGUCAACAUCAACAACAACAAGUUCGUCAGAUGUUAGUCCCAAGUUUUUUAAAGCUCUCAUCAAGCCCACCUCAACCUCCUGAUGUUUUGACUGCUCAUCCCGGUAUUCUGGGGAGAAGCUUGAUUGCUGCUCGGUUGUCAAGCCUAUGGAAGCUGGCCCGUAUCUUACGUGCUUGGCACUUAGCUUCUCGAAAGAAGGGUGAAGAAGAUGUGAGGCUCUCGGAUGUCAAUAUUCGUCUAGGAUUCCAGCAGUGGUUAUGUGAGAAGCAAGGUCCUCUGCAGAUCGACCAAAAUGAUAACCGCUUCUUGAAGAUUGGUCUUUUAUGGUAUCAGAUUACAUUAUUCUCACCAGCUGGAGAUCUCAUCCCGCAACUAGUAUUCCCUAGUUUAAAAGAUGAAGAGGGUAUCCUAGCCAAUUUGGUAUGGUACCUCCACCACUCUACAGCCCAUGCCUGCCCUGCCAUAGUGUUGGGCCUGCUUAGGAACUACUGUGUUUGGCAAAUACAACGGCGCUUCGUCCAAGACCUUUUGCGUAGCUGCGAUUAUUGUCAACGGGUUGCAAGAGAUAGGAUUCGUGAUUACUGUGGUGUCCGGCAAAUCCACACUAUCCCGUGGUAUCGAGUUGGUUUGGAUGUAUACGGCCCCGUUUAUAAGGCAGCUCGUUAUGAUAAGCAAGGCAGAGCGCCCUAUAACUACGUUUUGAGCUAUACUUGUUAUUAUACCAAUAAGACUAUUCUCCGCCCUCUACAUCAUUGUUCGGGGAGUGAGAUUGCUAUGGUGCAUAAACAGGUGGUUGCUGACUUUGGUCGCAUGCCUUAUCUCUCGGUCGACUGCGGUUCGGAGUUUAUGAACCAAGAUUUCCUCAGUGUGACUGUUGAAGAAGGUAUUGAAGUCCGUUAUGAUUCUCCUAAUUCUCCAUGGAGCCGUGCCCCAGUUGAAAGAAGGCACUCUGUGAUAUCCAAGUUAUUGAGGGUCUUGGCAAUAUCGGGUCGAUCUAGUGAGUGGCAUCACCACCUUGAUGAGGCUACCAUGGCUAUCAACAGCUCCUCGCUACUACGUGGAGAGCCGCUGCUUACUCCUGACAUGCUCUUUUUUUCAUAUCGUCCCUGUUCGUCUCUUUCUUUAUGGUUUUCUCCAUUUAAUGAUGGUGCUAAAUCUACCAACCUACAAGAGCAGUUGAAGUUACGGCUCAUUUAUGAUGCACAAUGGAUGAAGAACCGAGAAACUGACCGGCUUGAGGUUGAUAAGAGAGGGCAUGUGCCGAGGCUGCGCUCCGAAGUUGGUGACGAAGUCCUGGUUUGGGUUGAUUCUACCGGUGACAAAUUCAAGUAUUCGUGGCGUGGACCCUACACUGUAAUGGACUAUACUGAUAAAGGUCAAGUUGUCCUUGAAGGAUUGAAGCGUCCUCAAGCUAUAUCUAAUGUGAAGGUUUAUUACAGAAACACUACUAUUGAUGGCAGCUUGACUAAUCAUAUGGGUGAUGCCCCCUCUAAGGAGCUUCGUAGACUCGAUGGUUGUUUCAGUCAACUAUAA